AUGGAAGAUUUUUUGGAACUGCUAAACGUCGUCUAUCCAUCUCAUCGACCAGUAACCGUAGAGAAUGUCGAGACACUUCUCAAACUGGGCGAUCGGUAUAGUUUCGAGUGUGUUCUGGUGAAAUGCGAGGAUUUCCUCAUCACUGCCCCCGCCGACGAAAUCGACGUGUUCACACGCCUCGAGUGGGCCAUCAAGUACGCAAUGGCUGACCUUCAGGAUCACUGCGUUUCGAAGCUGAACAGUGUAGCAGACGUGGCGGCGGUGAAGAAGACAUUACUGUAUGGCACUUUGUCGCACGAGACAAGAAAAUUGCUUCUCGAUCUCAUGCUUAAAUUCAACAACAUGUAG